GCUCGCUCUCUCGCUCUCUCCGCCCCCAACUGUUCGAUCAUUUCGAUGGCUCCGAUCCAAUUGAAGCAAUCGCCGAGUUCCGCGCAAACCCUAACGCGGGGCGGGGCGACGGAGGCGAGGGCGGUGGUCAGGGAGGCGAUGCGAACCACCGCCGCUGCAACGGUCGCUGCGCCGCCUGUCGUGCCUUCUCUGCCUCCGCCUCCGGCGGAUCAGAUCUUGACGGAGGUGAGGUUUGGGCCGGCCGUGGAUGGGCUCGCGGUGAAUGCCGCAGCGGCCUCGUCGAGGAUCUUGUGCUGCGAGGAGAUCGAUGGGCGGAGGUGGAAUUAUGUGGUGGAUGUGGAAGGGACCGGGAGCGUCCGGAGGUGUUCGUCGGCCGUGAAGGCGGUUUCGUUGCAGACACCGGUGGCGCCUGUGGAGGAAUUGAUCUCAUUCAUAAGAUCUUAUGUAGUGCCUGAAGGGUUUCCAGAUAGUGUUACCCCUUCAUACGUUCCAUACAUGACAUGGCGAGCUUUGAAGCAUUUCUUUGGUGGAGCUAUGGGUGUUUUCACAACACAGACACUGUUGAGUUCUGUUGGAGUAUCUAGAAAUAGAGCCACACCAGGUGCUGUUGCUAUUAAUUGGAUACUUAAGGAUGGAGCUGGGCGUGUUGGCAAAAUGCUUUUUGCACGGCAAGGAAAGAAGUUUGACUAUGAUCUAAAGCAGCUUCGCUUUGCGGGUGAUCUUUUAAUGGAAUUGGGUGCUGGGGUAGAAUUAGCAACUUCUGCUGUUCCACAGCUUUUCUUACCAUUGGCUUGUGCAGCCAAUGUGGCAAAGAACGUUGCUGCUGUGACUUCGACAUCAACACGCACUCCAAUCUACAAGGCCUAUGCAAAAGGAGAAAAUAUUGGUGAUGUCACUGCUAAAGGAGAAUGUGUUGGCAAUAUUGCAGAUCUGUUGGGGACUGGAAUGAGUAUCUUGAUUUCAAAAAGAAACCCAUCCUUGCUUGCUUCAUUUGCUUUCCUGUCAUGUGGAUAUAUCCUUAGUUCAUAUCAGGAGGUCAAGUCAGUUGUUUUGAACACUCUAAAUAGGGCAAGAUUCACCGUGGCGGUGGAAUCUUUCAUUAAGACUGGGCAAGUUCCCUCACUGAAGGAAGGGAAUUCAAAGGAAAAUAUAUUCAGUCCUCCAUGGUUAAAACAUACACCUGUCAUUCUAGGUCCUACAUUUGGGGAUGCAUUUCAGGAUCCUGCUUCAUUUCUUGCCACGCAGUGCUUGUUUGAGAAAGAAAGAUAUAUGGUCACCUAUAACCCUUCAAAGGAUAAAAUUUAUGCAUUGCUUAAGGAUCAAGCAAAGUCUGAUGAUAUUUUGAAAGCAGCUUUCCAUGCUCAUGUUCUAUUAUAUUUUGUUCGUUUAUCAAAUGUCAAUCGAUCUCUGAGAAACCGCAAUAAGUACGAUCAAUCAAAACUAGAAUCCCCAAUUCCUACAAACUCUGACUUUGUGGCUCAUGUUGCGGAGUCCUGCAAGAUUGUUUCAUCUUCAUAUGGGGUUUUCAAGAGGAAGGCAGCAGAACAGGGAUGGAUAAUGUCAGACUCAUUGCUUAACCCUGGACGAGCUCGGCUUUGUGAACUUAAAGAGCAAUAAUUUUCUGACCAUCUCAGUUCAUAAUAUUUAUGAGACCUCAUUUCUUGGUCUGUUGAUUUUAGAAUAUGCAGUUGAGACCGAAUGGCAAAUAUGGUUAUUCCAUGUUAUUUCAUACUGUAAACCAGCACUCAUUACUCAGACAGCAGAUAUGGCUUCUCCAAAAUUAUUCCUAAAGUUCACACCAUACUGCAACACUCUAGUCUUCCAAGAUUUUACUCAUUAGACUUUGUUGAUCUAUCCCAUCAUGAAAUGGCUGCAGUUUUUUUUUUGGUUAGCUUCAACUGACCCUUCCUACAAGCAAUGAAGCAUGAUUUACUGACUACCAGUUUGUACAAUAAGUUUCUAGAGUUAACCAGUUGGCACAGUCAAUGGAGAGUACUGCUUGAAAAAAUUGACUGGGUGCAGGGCAAUGUAAAAUAGUUGGCGAAAGCUAAAUGGAAGAGCAAAUAGAGCUUUCCCGGUGGCAUGAAUGUAUUACAUAGGCAGGCUGUGACUUUUCUCUUCGUUUUCUUUUUUCCUUUUCCUUUUUUUCAUUCAAUCUGUAUCAUACUUCAACUUAUAUUCAGUUAUUUGUAAGUGGGCUUCAUUAAUAGAAUACAAUGUUUGGCUUCCUGAUAUU